UUCUACACUGAAAAUAAAUCAUUGUGUCUGAUUAUCUUAAUAAUUAUGCGAAUUUAUGAUUUCUAAUUAUACUUACGUAUGUUCUUCAUUUACUCAUUUCUAUAUAGAACAUUUUCUCUCUUCUAUCUGUUAACUGACCAUUACAUUUUUCUUGAUCUUUUAAUACAGGCUCUUCCGCUUGAUCAAUUAAACCAAGUACAAAAUGCUCUUAAGCCUAAUGACAAGUCUCAAGCAAACUCACAAGGAAAUAAUAGCAAUAAUGGCAGUGACGAAAAUCACAGUAAUAAUGACAACAGUGGCAGCCAAGAUUUGUCCCAUGUUGUGGACGAAAGCUCUAAAAUUGUCGAUGAUUUGCACAAGUUUGUAGGAUCUGUGGAACAUAUGCUGGUGGAUCAAUUGAAAAAAGUAACAAACGGCUCCGUACAUCUUUUGGAACAAAUAGAACAACAGAUCGCUAAAGUCAUUACCGAUGUUAGGAACAAAACACAAGAACAUUUUCAACAUCUCCAUAGCAAACUCGAUAAACUGGAAGAAGAUGCCUCGAAGGCAAAGAAUAUCAUUAAACACAAAGUAGAGGACAUCAUCAAGAACGUUACCAAUGCGCUUGACAACCUGGAGAAUAAAAUAAAUAAUACCUUGAAACACGUUAAUGAAAAGACUUCCGAAAUCGUAAACCACGUGAGGAAUGUUACAGAAGAAAGAGUACAGGAAUUCAUAAAUAAAACAGCCCAAGCUGUGGCACAAGCGAGACAUACUGCUGAAGAUAUUGAAGAAAAGACUACUGAGAUUUUGAACAAAACAUUGUCCGAGUUAAAGAAAGAGGCUCACAAUCUUUUGAACAAUAUCAAAGAAUUUGUUCAUGAUACAAUUAAUGAAACUGAAAACCAAAUUUACGAUGUCCUCAAUAAUAUUGGAAAUACCACAAGACAAACGUUGAAAAAUGCUAUGCAUAUGAAUGCUCGCAUUGCGGAAGAUCUGUGCGAUAUAAUUUACGAUAUUUCGGAAGAUUCUAGAUCUCUGUUAGGCACUGUAAUGAAUAAUGCUCAAAAUAUUGUUGGUGCCAUCAUUAAUAACACUAACGAUGUUGUUGAACAAACAGUUAAUAAUGUUAAAAGUAUUGCUUCUGGCAUUUUCCAUGAUGUCCAUUAUGUCGUAAAAUUUGGAAUAGAUAAUAUGAGGGAUAAUAUAAAAAAAGGCAUUAAACGUUGCACACCAUAUCCAUGGCAAUGUUCAAGACACUAUUGCUAACAUUAUAAGUAACAUAAACAUUUUACAAAGAAUUAUUAAACAAUUAUUGUCGUAUUAUAUUAAAAAAAUUAAAUGAAUAUUACAUAAUUUUGUUGUAGAUGACUCAAAGGAUAGAGCAUCCCAUGGUUUUAAGGUAAAUUUAAUACAUUUUUAAUAUCAAAACGUUCAAUGUAUUAUGUAUUUCUAUAUCUUAUGUUACAAAAUAUUUCAUUUUUACUUCUGUAAUUAUCCUUUAUAUUUAUGUUUAGUUCCCAUUUGGUAUCUAAGUAACAAAUAUAGGCUACUGCAUCUUAAAUGGAAUUAGGAAACCGAUGAUUGGAAAUUACUAAACAAAUAAAGUAGUUUUCAAUUUAUAAACAAGCAGCAGUAGUAAAGAAACGAAAGAAGAAAUCAACAUAUUGAAAAUGCACGCUGAUUGUUUAAGUCAAAAAAACAUUUAUGUUGUUGCAAAUGUAAAUAACUGUUAUUUGUAGUGUCGAUAAAAAUAGAUAAAUAAAAACUGUGUCUAAUUUAAUAAAUCAACUUAUUAAAACAUCAUGUUAGAUUGUGUUUCUGAU